UCGCUGGAACCAGUCCACGGCAGUCCUCCCGUGAAUCCACCCCGCCGCACGCAGAAUGCUCCGCCGCCUCUCCAGCGCCGCCGCGGGCGGGCUCCGCCGCUCCCUCUCCUCGUCCCCGGCCGCCUCGCGGCCCCCGUGGGCCCUCAUCCAGCUCACCAACGUCGACAAGUCGGGGGCGCCGGCGCCGGGCGCGACCCUGCACCUCGACGCGCCCCCGUUCGUCACCGGCCUCACCGUCCCCGCCCACUUCAUCCACCCGCGCCCCCUCCCUGACCCCGCCACCGGCGUGUUCGGCUCCGUCCCGGGCCACGUCGCCGCCGUCAGCAGCGACGGCCUCCUCCUCGUGCGCUUCUGGGAGUCCCGCUUCCAGUUCGACGUCCCCGCCACCGGCGAGUCGAUGCUCUGCGCGAUCCGCGACAUGUCCUUCUUCACCGGCAUGGACAUCAACCCGGAGGUCACGCGCUUCGUCUGCAACCCGCUCAGCGGCGAGCUCUACCGCCUCCCGGACCUCGACGGCACCAAGAGGACCACCAUGUACCAGCACCUCGGCCUCCUCACUCAGUCCCAAGGCGGGCACGGACCGCCUGACAGGUAUGCCGUAGCCGAGAUGUUUACCAUCGGCGGCAGGGAGGAUGAGGAGAGCUUCGUCUUGCGGCGGUUUCUCUCGGAGACGGGGAAGUGGGAAAAAUUGCUGGGCUUGCCGUCCCCAUUGCCUGCCGGUCGGCGGAUGCACAUCGACAGCGCCGUGGUGCCCUUCGGCGACCGCUUGUGGUGGAUCGACGAGAGCUGGGGCGCCAUCUCGGUGGACCCGCUCAGCGAGAGGCCGGAGCUCCGGUUCAUCCCGCUGCCCAGAGGGAGCGUGCUGCCUGACCUCGAAGGUGUGGUGUUCAUGAGGAAACUUCAGCGCUACCGACGUAUGGGGGAAAGUGAGGGGAAGAUGCGCUACAUCGAGGUGUCCAAAAAGAAGCCCUACGUGGUCAGCUCCUUCUCCCUCGACGACGGUGGCAGCUCCUGGACGCUGGACCACGAGGUGGCGUUCACCACAAUUUGGGAUGAUGAACCCUUGAAGGAGAUGCCGGCGAUUGGCGCAAUUGACCCACUCAACAGCCAUGUUGUGUACCUUGUGUGCGGCAACCAGCUUCUUGGCGUGGACAUGGAGAAGGAGAAGAUAACAGGGAGCUCUCGUCUAGCUAUACCCAGUGUCCCCAUCCUACCAUGUGUCCUCCCGACGUGGCUGGAAUCAAGCCAGAUUCCCUCUGCAGAUUGGAGCAAGAAGACCGCUGUCAAAGAGGAGACAUCGCCUGACAUGGUCAAAAAGGAGACUUUGUGUGUAGAAGUAGAGCUGAUGAAGUGAAGUGUACCAGCUAAUUCCUAUCUUGGUAUCUCUAAAUUCUCAGAUCAGAGUUGUUUUGGAGGCGUAGGGUGGUAGUUUCCUGACAUCUCAUUUUGGGGACUGCUGUGAGACUCGUGUUUACAACUUGCUCAACCACACUUUGGGCAAAAUCUGAUGGAUGUCUUGCAUAUUUUUGGCUUUGUUUUACAUGGCUCAAUGUUAUGUCCUUUUAACUUUGGAUGCAUCAGUAUCUUUUAGAGGGUGAAGUUGGGACUACGAGUGCCUUGCCUUAGACUGUUCUGGGAUCUUGUUAUCAUCAGCUAUUACAUGUAUGCCAUUACGGAAUCUGGAGUUGAGCUUAAUCCUUGGCAUUGUAAUGUUGAGAGGAACCUGUAAACUGGAGGGGUUUAAGCUGCUUCAAGUGCUGUUGUCUUGCUGAUCUUGGAGACUUGGAACCCUGGCGUGCUAUGCAAUGGAUAACUCACUGCUCU